AUGGGAGAUGCAGGCCAAAGGCCUCCAAACGAGGCCGUUUUGUCCAAAAAUUGUAGGGUUUCAGCAGCCAAGCUCCAAAGCGCAUCCCCAUUCUCCACUUCGCCUCGCCCAACCAGUCUCGACCUCCUGCCUGCGCUCGCGUUCAAGCUUCUUCCGGCAAGACCUCCUUCAGCAGCCCGGGCAACAAACUCCUCCGGCGAGGUCCCUCGAUUCGACAGCAGCCCACCUGUCACGUUCAUCUUCCUCUCGGCGCGACUUCUUCCGCCGACGCCUCGAUUCGCCAACAGCAAGGUUUUCUGGCGAUGCACGAAAUGCGGCAACCCUGCUUCUUCUUGUGUGUGA